AUGGAAAAUGGACAUAUUACAAUUUCCGAUCAAAAGACGAACGUCAAGCUUAAAGUGUAUAAAAGACGAUGGUACGUGUUGCUUUUGUUUUCAUUGUUUGCUUUCACACAAGGUGGUUUAUGGAAUACUUGGGGUCCAAUUGCAGACUCGAGUGAAGAUGCAUUUUCACUUAAAGAUGCCGAUAUUGCACUUUUGGCCAACUGGGGACCGAUUUCGUACAUUGUCGGUGCAUUUGCGUCGGCCUGGAUGGUGGACAAUAAAGGUCUACGGUUUAGCUGUCUGCUUUGUUCAUUUCUGAUUGUUAUAGGGACUGGAAUACGAUGCAUUACAAGGGAAAUUGAAUAUGUCAAAUGGACCAUUAAUAUAGGACAAUCUUUAAAUGGACUAGCUGGACCGAUUGCCAUGGGUGGACCACCUCUUGUUUCUGCAACAUGGUUUCCAUUGCACGAGAGGACAACUGCUACAAGUCUUGGAUUCUGUAUGAACCUUAUAGGAAUUGCAGUAUCAUUUUUGUUAGGUCCAUAUGUUGUCUCAAACACGUCGUUUAAGGAGACAGCAAACAGAUCAAAACCGUUUUGGUUGAUAUCGUUGAUCUAUAGUAUUUCUUUAGGAGUUUUCAAUGUUUGGCAGGGCGUCCUCGAUGUCAACUUAAAAACACACGGGUUCAGUCAGGAGGAAGCUGGGUGGUUGGGAUUUUCAUCUAUAAUAGCUGGAUGUCUCUCCAGUGUUAUAAUAUCGAGAUUCGCUGAUAUUUUCAACAAACAUUUGCGCAUGUUCUUAAUCUGUAUUUAUAUUGGAAGUUUUAUCGGAUUUUUGUGGUUUACACUUCUAGUCAACGACAUUAUUCCUAAUUCGACAGUAUCCUUGUAUGUUGCCAUAAUUCUUGGAACGAUAUGCUUACAAGCAGCGUCACCAUUAUAUUUUGAAAUGGCCUGUGAAGUGUGUUAUCCAGUGUCAGAAGGUCUAACUAACGUGUUUCUAACAACCAUGUGUAAUGUUGGUAGUUUUAUAUUUUUGCUAUUGCAAAUGAUUCCAAGUAUAGGAACAGAUUGGGAGAAUUGGUGCCUAUUAAGUGUGAUAUGUGUCUGCAUCCCACUAAUGUUCAUGUUCAAGGACAGCUACAACCGAUCCAUUAUUGACGAAAGACCCGAAGAAAACAACUUUACAGAAAGAAAAAAAUAUUAG